UGUAAAACUGGGAUGGUGUCCCGCCUGGGGCUCCGGCCGUGUGUCUCACUCGGAGGACCAGAAUCCUGGGAUGGGUUUCUAGCACAGCCUCUCCCGCACUUGGACUCUUGGGCGAGUGUUGCGAAUUGAAAGGGAAAGCACCUUGAGUAAUGAAAACGCGUCACUGGCACGUGCUAAACAUUGGAUCUUUCUUCCUAAGUCAAAGCAGUUUUAUUAAAAAAAAAAAAAAAAAAGAUUAUUACAGGUUUGCAUACUACAUAGGUACUAAGAAAUUCAUUCACUAAUUUCUCUUCAUGCCGGACGGCACCGGUUCAUGAAUGGACAUACCGUGUGGCUCCCGGGUCUGAAGAUCCCAGGAAGGAUAGAGAAACCUUGUGUUGUGCAGAAUUGCAGUACACUUGGUGGGGUCUGCCUGAAUGAGGACAUGUGCUUUUCUGUCCUUUUGUUUGGUAAGACAGUACCUCCUAAGGACAGUAGCUUCUUUACUUGGCUCUCGUAUGAGCUGGGCAUUCUUUACACGCGCUAUCUUGUUAAUGGCCACACAGCCACAGGGUUAAUGAUUACCCCAUUUCGUGGGAGGCGACUCAGAGAAGUUGAAUAAACCUCCCAAGGUCAUGCAGCCGGUAAGUGGUGAAACUCUGAUUGGAGUGCAGGUCUCCACCCCUCCUCACCACCCUGCACGCCCCCAAAUGCUGUGAGUGUUCGUAAAUUCUUCCGCAGGAGUCAGCGGUGGGAGACAUCGGUGCCCGUGGCGGUAAGGCCAAGUAGAAUGGCUCUUCGUACGGACUGAGUGCCAGGAAAUCCACCUCAUGAGUAUGUUUCAGAACGUGCUGAGAACUCUGGGCUGAGCAACGUGCAAGGGGAAAGGAACGAGAUUCUGGACUGUCAUUUGCUUUGCUGGGAUGUGGAAUUUCUUUUGACGGGUUGAAUCAGGAGACAUGGCCAAACACACCCUCUCCACAUUAGAGGCAUUCCUGAUUUUCCUCCUCGUGAUGAUGACUGCUGUGACGGUAGCCCUCCUCAGCCUCUUGUUUAUUACCAGUGGGACCAUUGAAAAUCAUAAAGAUUCAGGCGUUCCGGUCACCCAGAGCCCCCCAACCACGCCAGGCUCCACGGCCACUCAAGGCUCGACGCUCACACAUGGCUCCACAGCCACCCAGGGACCUCCGGUGACCACCACCCCAGAGCCUCCUCUAUUUCAGAACUUCAGUGGCUACCAUAUUGGUGUUGGGCGAGCUGACUGCACAGGACAAGUAGCAGAUAUCAGUUUGAUGGGCUACAGCAAAACUGGCCAGAAUGCACGGGGCAUCCUCACCAGGCUGUACAGCCGUGCUUUCAUCAUGGCGGAACCAGAUGGGUCCAAUCGAGUGGCGUUUGUCAGCAUCGACAUAGGCAUGGUAUCCCAACGACUCAGGCUAGAGGUCCUGAACAGACUGCAGAGUAAAUAUGGCUCCCUGUACAGACAAGACAACGUCAUCCUGAGUGGCACUCACACACACUCGGGGCCAGGAGGGUAUUUCCAGUAUACUGUGUUUGUAAUCGCCAGUGAAGGAUUUAGCAAUCGCACCUUUGAGUACAUGGUCACUGGCAUCGUGAAGAGCAUUGAGAUGGCGCACAAAAAUAUGAAACCAGGCAAAAUCUUUAUCAACAAAGGAAACGUGGAAGGUGUACAGAUCAACCGAAGCCCCUCUUCUUACCUUUGGAAUCCUCCGUCAGAGCGAGCCAGGUAUUCUUCAAAUACUGACAAAGAAAUGAUCAUCCUAAAAAUGGUAGAUUUGAAUGGAGUUGACCUGGGCCUUAUCAGCCGAGGGCUCCUUUUCUCUUACAGCUGGUUUGCCAUCCACCCCGUCAGCAUGAACAAUACCAAUCACCUUGUCAAUAGUGACAACAUGGGCUAUGCAUCUUACCUUUUUGAGCAAGAGAAGAACAAAGGAUAUCUACCUGGACAGGGACCCUAUGUAGCAGCCUUUGCUUCAUCAAACCUCGGAGAUGUGUCCCCCAAUAUUCUUGGCCCGCAUUGUGUCAACACAGGAGACUCUUGUGAUAACGCCAAUAGCUCUUGUCCCAUCGGUGGGUCUAGCAUGUGCAUCGCUACGGGACCCGGACACGACAUGUUCAGCAGCACUCAGAUUAUCGGAGGGAUCAUAUACCAGAGAGCAAAGGAACUGUAUGCCUCGGCCUCCCAGGAGCUGACGGGACCACUGGCCGCGGCCCAUCAGUGGGUGAAUAUGUCCAACGUCACCGUCUGGCUCAACUCCACCCACACAGCCCAAACCUGUAAACCUGCCCUGGGCUACAGUUUCGCGGCCGGCACAAUCGACGGGUUCGGGAGCCUCAACUUCACGCAGGGGACAACAGUAGGGGAUCCAUUCUGGGACACUCUUCGGGAUCAACUCCUGGGCAAGCCAUCUGAAGAAAUCAAAAGGUGUCAUAAACCAAAGCCAAUCCUUCUUCACACUGGAGAGCUGACAAAACCGCACCCAUGGCACCCAGACAUCGUUGAUGUUCAGAUGAUCACCGUUGGGUCCUUGGCCAUAAUUGCCAUCCCUGGGGAAUUUACGACCAUGUCUGGACGAAGACUUCGGGAGGCCGUUCAAGCAGAAUUUGCAACCUAUGGGAUGCAGAACAUGACCGCCGUCAUUUCAGGCCUGUGCAACGUGUAUACACAUUACAUUACCACCUUUGAAGAAUACCAGGCUCAGCGAUACGAGGCAGCUUCUACAAUUUAUGGACCACAUACCCUGUCUGCUUACAUCCAGCUCUUCAGAGCCCUUGCUAAGGCCAUUGCUACGGACACGGUAGCCAACCUGAGCAGAGGUCCAGAGCCUCCAUAUUUCAAACAACUGAUAGCCUCAUUAAUUCCCAAUAUUGUGGAUAGAGCACCACUAGGCAGAAAUUUUGGGGAUGUUCUGCAGCCCGCGAAACCUACAUACAGAGUGGGAGAAGUUGCCGAAGUGAUAUUUGUAGGCGCUAACCCAAAGAAUUCAGCAGAAAACCAGACCCAUCAGACCUUCCUCACUGUCGAGAAAUACGAGGCCACAUCGGCAACAUGGCGGAUAGUACAUAACGACGCCUCCUGGGAGACACGUUUCUAUUGGCACAAGGGAUUGCUGGGUCACAGCAAUGCGACGAUACAAUGGCAUAUUCCGGGUACUGCCCAGCCUGGAAUCUACAGAAUGAGAUACUUCGGACACCAUCGGAAACAGGACUUUCUCAAGCCGGCCGUCAUACUUCCAUUUGAAAGCACUUCCUCCGCCUUUGAAGUUGUAACUAGUUAAUGAAAAGUUGACGAAUAAUUUAACGCGUGGCUGUCCUCCCUAAUUUAUAAAAAUGAUUUCACACGAAUGUAAACAAUUGGGAUGACUUCUAUAAUUGUCCCUGUUUGAGGACAGAUAGUUUCCUGUGAAUGGGACAGAGGUGUGUGUGUGUGUGUGUGUGUGUGUGUGUGUGUGACUGGUGGUCUAGAGCCUAACACAUGAUUUUCCUCGGGGCCUUGCAACUGUUUGAAGGGACAGUUCCCCUCGAUAUAAAACCUCUGAAAAGUUAGUAAGAGUGGCUGAAGAUGUGUGAACAGUGGUUCAAGUAUUUAUUUAUAGAAUUAUUGAGUGUUAGGCUGGGAAAGUUUAAAGAGCUCAUGUAGUUGGAGUCUUCAUUUUGCAGAUGGGAAUGAUGAAGUUUCAUGGAUUUAAGACGCACAAAGGCUACAGGACCUCUCCCCCAUCACACUUUAAAAAAAAUAGUAUACAAACAUCGACCAUAAACGUAUAAGUCCAAUUAGAGGCAAUUGGUGUGGAAAUGAGCAUGUCAGCUUUUCUCUAUUUAGCAUAGCCUCUCAAAGCGAUUACCCUGGACUUGAUGUACUUGGUCCAGAGUUGUUGAUAUUGGUAAAUUAUUUCUGGCCUUCAGAGGGCAAGUACAGGAAAGUCAGACUUAGAAUAUUUUGAUCAUGCCCUGUGUUUCCCUAAGUGCCCUUAUCCCUCUGAAUUGUGUCUCCUCUCCUCAAGACUGGUUCUAAGUGAGUUUCACUAAUCAAAUUCAUCCCCAAAACCUAAGACUUGCCGUUGGUGUAGAUAUUAAAACAAAAGUGUUAGUGGAUUGGAAGUCAGUCCUCAAAGAGCAAGAUCUAAAAUUCAUUUAUCUGUUCUUUUAUCGCUCACUUACUCAUGGACCCAUUCAAUCACACAGUAUUUAUUAACACCUGCAUGCCCAGUAUUGUACUAGUGUUGGGCCUUGAUAAUUAGUUAUCAUAUUUGAGAUGAAUGUAUAAGUGUCAAAAGGGGACCGUUGGUGAAGAAGAAAAUACUCAACUGAGGAUAUCAAUUUUGGAAGGCAUUUAAAAAGCAGUCAUCUUCAAGUCCUAUCUCACGUGUAAUCUGUGUUGGGUGCUCGAAUUUUGGGGGAAAGAGGCUCCAGACCAUUUGGACAAAGUUGUUUCGAAAGUAAUUCGAGGGCCUUAUGAAAUUCCCAGUCCAACGUCCCGAAGAAUGAGAUAGGACAAUCUGACAUUGAUUGCCUGAAAGUACCAAUUCCAUUUAAAAUUAUCCAAGUUAACUGGAGCUAGCUCCCAGGCUACAAAGGAAAUUUCCCAAACCCAAAUCAUGCUUUUGUAUGAAUGGCAGAGCUUUAGCAUUUUAGGGAAAAAUCAACCUUAAUUUCAAAAACAAACUCUACAGCUUGAAAAUAGUAAUGAUGCUAAUCACGAUGAGACUGACAUUCAUCUAGCUGUGACUCAACCUGCCGUAUUGCAUUGGAACAAACCCGGAACGCUUUUUGAUGACCCAGGGCUCUGGUUCUAUGCGAGUUCACGGCUGGAGAAUUAGCUCAUCAGGAUUCCAAAGGGUAGCGAUCAUUUUUCCUAAUGACUGUUUGCUAUCACAGUUCAGAGUCUUCCCAAGAGCAAGGAAUUCUGAAAGUAGUUGACCUUAGACAGAUAAAUUAUAUCAGAACUGAUGAUAAAAUUGUUCUCAUGACUCAGAAGCAUACUGAAUUUUUUCCCACUACCUCCAUGCCUCCCACUGCAACUUUCCUCAGUGGACCUGUGAGUCCCUGUCGUUCACUUGGACCUGUGCCAAGCCAGACACUGCAUUGCCUCGUACUGAUGCUUCUGCACCAGCCCUCUGUCCACCAGGACUCCUGCCCCCAAAGAACCUGCAGAAACCUGUCUGCACGCCCGCUGCCCUCUCUUCCAAUCCAAUUCCAUUUUCUGCAUUUUGUAUGUAAAAAUAAGACCAGAUCCUGCCGCUGUAGAAACCAUAGCUAUUCACUUGUGCGUAAAAGAACACCACAAAAGAGGCGGUGAUCUGUUAACAUACAAACCUAGAUCCAGGCUGUGUCAUUGGAGCCAGACUAUGGGGAGAAAGCCCCUGAAAUUGGCGGCGAAUAUGGGGAAAAGGGGGCUGCUUGGGGGGGAGAACGCUUCUGCAGAAGAUUUUGUGUCUCAUGUCAAAGUGUCUGCAUUUUGUUUGUUGUAUUCUGCCUUCUCUGGUUUUAAGAAUGCUGUGACUUCCUAAAAAAGCACUGACUGAUCCCCCUACAAUUUUCGAUGAGUAUUAUAUCAAUUGCUAAUAUUCAAUAUAAGACUUAAUAAUAAAUCACUGAAUACAAUUGUGAA